UCACACUAGUUCACUCUCGCAGCAGCUAGCCUCGCUCUCGUGCGCAGGAUGCGGAGCGGUGUCAGCGCGCGCCUUCUGCCGCAGGCGGUGGCCAUCGCCAUCGCCGUGGCCGUCGCCUGCUGCAUGGCCGCCGCACCGUCGUCGGCGCAGGGGACGACGACGCCCGCGGACGCCAGCGGCGCGGUGCCGUCGUGCGCGUCGAAGCUCGUGACGUGCGCGGGCUACCUGAACACCACCGACACGCCGCCGGAGUCGUGCUGCGACCCGCUCAAGGAGGCGGCGACCACGCAGGCGGCGUGCAUGUGCGCCAUCCUCAUGAACAAGGCCGCGCUGCAGGCGUUCGGCGUGGCGCCGGAGCAGGGGGUGCUCCUCGCCAAGCGCUGCGGCGUCACCACCGACGCGUCCACCUGCGCCAAGUACACCGCCGGCGCCGGUUCCGAUGCUGCAACUGCAGGUAGCACAGCCGCUUCUUCAGCAUCCACGGGAACUGCUGCUUCUACAGUUGCCAAGCCAACGGCAAGCGGAGGAACCACGCAUCCCCUGAGCUUGAUCGCCGCAUCUUCAUUUGUAGGCUUCAGUUUCAUCUGGUGGACGAUCAUGGCGUAGUAAGAGAUGCCAAUGAGUAUGAACUGUUAUGUAAAAAAAAACUGUAUCGUCUCAAUAAACAUAACUAUCUGGUUGUCACUUCGUUCGGUAAAUUUUACUGCUUGUGCCUUUGUACAUGGCCCACGCAUCCCAUUCUGUAUGCCUAUCUAGGUUACAAUUGUCAUUAAAUGAGAAUGAAGGGUAGAUUGUUUAGAA